GGGAAAACUACAAAUCUAUGGAGAUUAAACAUGCUGCUGAACAACUUUUGGGUCAAAGAAGAAAUAAAACAUCAAAAAAUACAUGGACUCUUCCCGAAAGCGGCCUGAGGUGACCUCUGAAAAUGGUUCGCUAUUCGCUUGACCCAGAGAACCCCACAAAAUCAUGUAAAUCAAGAGGUUCAAAUCUACGGGUUCAUUUUAAGAACACUUGUGAAACUGCCCAGGCCAUCAAGGGGAUGCAUAUCCGAAAAGCUACCAAGUAUUUAAAGGAUGUCACGUCACAAAAGCAAUGUGUGCCAUUCUGUCGUUACAAUAGUGGAGUUGGGAUAUGUGCCCAGGCCAAACAGUGGGGUUGGACACAAGGUUGUUGGCCCAAAAAGAGUGCAGAAUUUUUACUGCACAUGCUUAAAAAUGCAGAGAGUAAUGCUGAACUUAAGGGCUUAAAUGUCGACUUGCUGGUCAUUGAGCACAUCCAAGUGAACAAAACUCUCAAGAUGCGGCGCAGAACUUACAGAGCUCAUGGGCAGAUUAACCUGUACAUGAGCUCUUCCUGCCACAUUGAGAUGAUCCUCACUGAAAAAGAACAAAUUGUUCCUAAACCAGAAGAGGAGGUUGCUCAGAAGAAGAAGAUCUCCCAGAAGAAACUGAAGAAACAAAAACUUAUGGCCCGGGAGUAAAUUCAACAUCAAAUAAAUGCUAAUAAAAGGAAAAGCA